AUGGCGCGGCGCAGCUCAGCGCGCCUUGCAAACCGCAAGUCAACAACACCCAAGCGUGUUUCCCUGUCCCACGAUGCGCCCACCACUCGAACUCCGCGCACUGUACCGGCGAAACUCUCAUCGCUGCAGGAGAGUGACGAGAUGCCAGGCGCAUUCCCCGACUCGCCCUCGAUGGUCAGCUAUCCAGACCUGAAGCAGAGUCUGCCGCAGUCCAUGUCGACACCCCGCAAAGGCACGCCGAUCAAGCCCAGCGAGCAAGAGAUGCACCCGCAGCUACAUCAUCAGACGACCGCAAAGCCACGAGAGGAAGCUCGCCAUCUUGGCUUCUCGAGCAUGCCACCACAUACCGAGCCGCCCAAGCAGAAGGGCCCUCUUGCCGCACUGCAAGCAACUCCUAGCAGGACGCGCAACCUCGAAAACGAUCUCAAGUCUCCUGCCUUCCACUUCACAUUUCGUCGCGAGCACUCGCUGGAGCUGAGUCCAGAGGCUAAGACGCUCAUGAACGAGCAGCGGGAGAAGGCGGCUUUGAUCAGAGAGCAAAUGCUUUCCAGCGGCGAAGGCGUACAGAGCAUCGACCAGAUGGUGGCGGCGCGUAGGAUCGCUCAACCGAAGGGCCGAUUCUCCCAGGCACAUUUGAAAGAAUUCGAGAAAAUGGAGUCAAUUGCUGGUCAUGCCAGUGCCUUCCGCGCAGAUCCAUCGCGUCUUAAGGCGGUCACCGAGAAGAGAGAUGAGACGAAGUCGCUCAAGCGAAGCCCUUCCAAGGCGAGACUGGACGAACCAGAUACGCCUUCAUCACGACCUACCUCACGUGAAGGUCCAAAGCCGACGCCAAGCUUCAAAGGCAGUGGCCUGCCACGCUCGACUUCUACAAAAGAUCUCAAGAGUGCCGUGGCAGCUGCGCCACGUUCGCCCACUAAGCGAAUUAAGCGUGCAGAGACUGACGAUGUGUCGGCUAAUCGCCCACCAUCGAGUGAGAGCGACAAGUCAUUGCCGUCCACGCCUAAGCAGCUUCAGUCGAAAGCAAGCGCACCGAAUCUUGCAGCGCUUACGACACCAACACAGGCUUCCCUCGCCCGUGCUGCCAGUGUCAAGUCUACGAAGACAAGCAAAAUCCCAGCUCCUCAGCUCUCGCUGGCAAAGCUUUCAGCCGCAGCACCUAUCGCUAUGCCUGCAGCGAUUCAGUCCACGCCAAUCAAAGCAGCCCCAGCUGAGCAGAAGACAGCGACUCCUCUGCUCGCCAAGUCCCCGUCAAAAGCGUCUCUCUUUGCCACCAAGCCGACCGUGACUGCUCCAGUCGAGCAGCCAAGCUCAAUGAUGAGUGCAGCUCUCGCUCGGUCACCAAUUAAGAGUGGUAUGUCUAAGAGAAUGGGAGCAGAACAGAACGCCGAAGAGAUGCCCAAGGAAAAGCCUGUUCCAUUCCUGUCCAGAUCACCAGUCAAAGCAGCAGUCAGUCAGGCUUCCAAGGAAGAGUCAUCACAUGAGCAAAAUACAACAACUCCAUUCUUGGCGCGAUCUCCCACCAAGCUUCCCAUGGCGUCGGCACCGGUCACGGAAACUCCUGACAAGAGCGCUUCGAGCAAAUUGAUGGGCCGCUUCAACUUGCUCCGUCAGUCACCGAUGAAGUCUAUCUUGAGAACGCCACAGCGUCUGUACUCUGAAGAUCCUGCAAAGGUCGCAGCAGGCACUCACCUUGCAACUCCGCCGGGCCAGCGAGCUGCCGAUCUGAACAAGACCUUGCCAGCUGCUCCACAUACUGCGAGCCAUACAUCCAAGAAGGUUGACUUUUCGUCGUCCACAAAAGCGCGCGAUCUGAAAUCACAAGAGCGUCAAUCUUCUGAGUCUAAGACACCUACGCCUUCCCCUAAGAGUGAACGUACUGUCAGUAUGGUGCCACAGCCGGAGCCGGAGGCAGUCUCCAAUGCACCCGCAUACCCAACAUUACCACUUGAGGUGCCGACCUACGAUCGGAUGCCAUCGCUCUCUCCAUCUCCGCAGAAGCGCCGACAAACAGCUGGACCGCAGGAUUUCACGUUCCGCGCCGAUCACCACGGCAUCAUCUUCGGACAGUCACCCAAUGCUCCAGCUUCUGAGGCUCAGCGACAGCGUCCUUCGACUAUUCGCCACGUCUCAGCCGAUGUCGUUCCAUCUCCCGCUCCAAUUACAGGCAGCAAGAAGCGCAAGUUCGCGUUCGAAAACCAUGCUGCGACUGCUUCCAAAGACGAAAUCGUCUCUCCAGCUCAAGGCACGAAGAAGCGCAAAUUCGAGUUUGAAAACAAGAUGGCUGCCGCUAACGCAGACUCUGAUGUCGAGAUAACGUCCGAUAAGGAGAAUACUCCAGCGCUUCCAGAGGCGGAGGAACAGGAAGAAGAAGAAGAGCAUAGACCUGCCAAGCGAGCGAAGACAUCCGCACCUUCUCCGAAGAUGACGACUAUCAAAAAGCCUUCCGCGGCGACUGCACCCACAGCAGCUUCUGCCGCACGUCGCACUACUCUCGGUGUCAAGCCGAAAGGAGCGAAGACCACCAGUCCUGUGAAGAAGACCACUGCUCGUUCUGGCACAACUAUCAGCCAGAGUCGGCUUGCUGCGCUUUCUCAGCCGAAAAAGCGGAAUUAG